AUGGCCGCCUUUCUGCUCCUCUGCUCGGCUAUGGCUAGCUGAGGUGGGCGGGGAGUGUGGCGCUACCAGCAAAGUUUGGGAUCGAUCCCGGGAGCCGAGAAAUAUAGCGAGUAAGGGGGGGGAAAGUAUCGUUUCAGGGCGGCUCGGAGGAAUACCGGUAUUUUAGCUUUAGGAAAACACAGCAGCCCGCGGUGGCGAUUCGCGCGGUUUGACGGCCGACUGCAGCCAUGUCGGAGGACCUGAGCUCCCAACAGUGGUCCAUCAACAAGGAUGACUACGAGCUGAAGGAGGUGAUCGGGAGCGGCGCCACGGCAGUGGUCCAGGCGGCCUUUUGCAUCCCGCGCAAGGAGAAGGUGGCCAUCAAGCGGAUCAACCUGGAGAAGUGCCAGACAAGCAUGGACGAGCUCCUGAAAGAGAUCCAGGCCAUGAGUCAGUGCCACCACCCCAAUAUCGUCUCCUACUACACCUCAUUUGUGGUCAAGGACGAGCUCUGGCUGGUGAUGAAGUUACUCAGUGGAGGCUCCGUGCUGGAUGUCAUCAAGCACAUCAUCUCGCGGGGGGAGCACAAGAGCGGCGUCCUGGAUGAGAGCAGCAUCGCCACCGUCCUGAAGGAGGUUCUGGAAGGCUUGGAGUAUCUGCACAAGAACGGGCAGAUUCACAGGGACGUGAAGGCUGGGAACAUUCUGCUGGGUGAGGACGGCUCUGUGCAAAUUGCAGAUUUCGGCGUCAGUGCCUUCCUCGCCACGGGGGGCGACAUCACCAGGAACAAGGUUCGGAAGACGUUUGUGGGGACCCCAUGCUGGAUGGCUCCCGAGGUGAUGGAGCAGGUUCGUGGUUAUGACUUCAAGGCCGACCUUUGGAGUUUCGGGAUCACGGCCAUCGAGUUGGCGACAGGGGCUGCCCCCUACCACAAAUACCCUCCCAUGAAGGUACUGAUGCUGACCCUGCAGAACGACCCCCCCAUGCUUGAGACUGGCAUCACGGACAAGGAGAUGGUGAAGAAGUACGGCAAGUCCUUCAGGAAAAUGAUCUCACUGUGUCUGCAGAAGGACCCAGAGAAAAGACCGACGGCGGCAGAGCUGCUGAAGCACAAAUUCUUUACAAAAGCAAAGAACAAUGAAUAUUUACAGGACAAGCUGCUUCAUAGGGCCCCCACGAUUUUAGAGAGGUCCAAAAAGGUACGCCGCGUGCCCGGCUCCAGCGGCAGGCUGCACAAGACCGAGGACGGCGAGUGGGAGUGGAGUGACGACGAGCUGGAUGUGGAAAGCGAGGAGGGCAAGGCCGCCGUGGCGGCGAUGAGGUCACCCAGGGUGAAGGAAGGUUCCCAGAAUUCAGAGAUUUACCAGCCAGAGCCUUUAAGCUGUCAUCUGCAGCCUUCCGCACCAGGUCAGGUUCAGCUACCUCAGCCUGUUGGCCAGCCUCCCUGCCAGCCUCCCUGCCAGCCUCCCCCAGCCAACGCACCACCCGCUGUCCAGGCUUUGGGGCCUGUGCAAGUCCAGCCUGCUCCCAUCCCACCUGCACAGGUGGCGGCAGCUGCCUUCGUGUCUGACGCCCCCAAAUCACCCAUUAGCUUGGUACUGAGGUUGAGGAAUUUAAAGAAGGAGCUGAAUGAUAUACGAUUUGAAUUCAUGCCUGGAAGAGACACGGCUGACGGGGUCUCCCAGGAGCUGGUGUCCGCUGGCCUGGUAGAUGGUCGGGACUUAGUGAUUGUUGCUGCCAAUUUGCAGAAAAUUGUCGACGAGCCUCAGACUAACAGAAAUGUGACUUUCAAGCUGGCCUCGGGCGUGGAAGGGUCCGAAAUCCCCGACGAUGUGAAACUCAUGGGCUUCGCUCAGCUCAGCAUCAGCUAAGCGACGGGAGCCGGAGAGACACGCGACGGACCGGACCGCGAGGCGCAGUGACGAGGAGGCGGCCGCUUGGCUCGGGCCCCUGCGUUUCCGUCGCUCUCGUUGACCUAACGGAACCACUUCUGCCAAAGAACCAAAGCUGACGUCGGCCUGCAGGAUGCUCACUUGAGUAGCACUGCGGAGCGCGAUUAUAGGAAUCCCACGAAAAUGUUUACAGUCUUUGUGUAGAAGGGUCCCCUCUUACAUCCACCCACUAUAUGUUUUCUUAGUAAUUUAAAAGAUACAUUUGCACAAUCUUAACGAUUCUCCUGCCCGCCACUCCCGGUCUGUGUAGGAAUGCUUUACCGCCAACAGCACUACGGAACAAACGUAGGGGUGCUCCCCCCCCUCCCCCCAACCCUGUUCUGAACUGACCUGCAGAUUGACAGCAGGUUCGGUCACUUAAGUAAGGAACCGCGGAGAUCAGCCAAUCAGAGCAGCUGAUUCCUCACAGCUUCAUGGAUGCCACACCUCCCUGAAGGGCUUUGGAUUAAACAUUUUUGUUGUUUUUUUAGGAUCAAUGCUGCAAGAUGAGUUGAGAAUACUUUGAAUAUCUGCCACUAGGGGGCAAAGAACGUACUCGGCAUCAAAGGAAAUGGAAAUGGAUUGUAUGACCUUCCUAUUGCUCUUCCUUCUCAAUUGACAUGAGGCCUCGUAUAUCUGUCUCUCAGAAUUAUGGUUCUGAAGCAUCUUGAUCUUCAAUUUAAAUAGGCUUAUUUUUCAUCUGGUUCCCAUUGUGAUUCAUUGUGAUCAAACAGGUGACCAUGGUACCGUUUUAGGUCCUCUGCUACGUUGCAGCACAGCUUCUCCGCCGUAGCUAUGGAGACAGGCGGCCUCCCACUCGUUUGGCUGAAUUUGUAGUAAGAGGUGUCCCCUUGCAGUUCCAGAAGCACCUUAACUGCUUCUGGGAUUAUGGGAGCUCUUCUCACUAUGUCUCAUUUUGAUAUUCGGAUUGUGUAUAAGUUCCGGUAGGUUCUCAUAUGAAGGUUAAAGUAAUGAUAGGUUCAGAUAUGUCACCCCUAUAUCAUUCUGUCUUCUGUGUGCAUAGCAGCAGUAACUUUGGUCGCCGUCCCCAUCUCUCCCUUUCCUCCACAUCUCCAGCUCAUAUCCUGCCCCUUUCCUCCACAUCUCCAGCUCAUAUCCUGCCCCUUUCCUCCACAUCUCCAGCUCAUAUCCUGCCCCUUUCCUCCACAUCUCCAGCUCAUUCUUC